GAGGAUUGAAAUUAUUUUUGUUUAACCUCUCUCUAAAUUCUCUGAUCAAUUUUAUUUGAGAUGUUAUGCUAACACCCUCCUCCACACCCCUCCCCCUCCAAAAAAAAAAGAAAAAAAGAGACGCUCCUAGUUUCAUCUCCACCACUGUCAGCCUACAACCAUCCAUGUCAACGGUGGGAGAAAACAACUCUGGAUGGUCUUUGUCGGGAACGACAACUCUAGCCACUGGUGGAAGAUGGUCCCUGUCGGGAGCAACUGCUCUAGUUACCGGUGGAACUCAUGGAAUUGGCCGUGCAAUUGUGGUGGAGCUAGCCCAACUCGGUGCCACAGUCCACACUUGUGCAAGAAAAGAAGCAGACCUGAAUGAACGCUUGCAAGAGUGGUCCUCCAUGGGAUUCAAAGUCAGUGGUUCAGUCUGUGAUGCAUCUUCAAGAGAGCAAAGAACCCAGCUCAUCGAAAAGGUGACUUCCAUCUUCUGUGGAAAACUCAACAUCCUUGUAAAUAACGUUGGAACAAGCAAAGGGAAGCCAUCUGAAAAAUUUACCUCUGAAGAAUACGAUAUGAUGAUGUCUACAAAUCUUGAAUCUUGUUUCCAUUUUUCCCAACUCGCUUAUCCUCUCCUAAAGGCCUCUGGGAUCGGAAACAUAGUCUUCAUUUCCUCUGUUGCAGGUUUGGUAAGUAUACAAGGUUUAUCUGUUUAUGCAGCAGCAAAGGGCGCAAUGAAUCAACUGACCAAGAAUUUGGCUUGUGAAUGGGCUAAAGAUAACAUUCGCGUAAAUUGCGUUGCCCCUGGGGUCAUUAGGACCCAAUUAAGCGAAGCUGUACUCAAUUCUGAUGAAAAAUGGAAGAAAUUCAAAUCAAGAACUCCAAUGAAUCGAGUUGGAGAGCCAGAAGAAAUUUCAUCCCUGGUAGCUUUCGUUUGUCUCCCAGCUGCUUCCUACGUAACCGGACAGGUUAUAGCUGUCGAUGGAGGACUGACUGUUAAUGGAGUCCAGUGGGACUAAUCGUUGAACCAUUCUUUCUUCUUAUUGAUGCUAUUCAGGAAGAAGUAUUGUUUAAUCUAGAAGCAUUUUGGGGUAAACUAAUGGUUUCUAUGGUAAAAUAUAUAUUAAGAAUUGGCUUGCAUAUCGUCGGUUGGUGUACUCAGCACUGUAUAGUGUGUACUACUACUAUAUUCUACAUGCAUGCAAUUUCAAAUAUUCCAGUAUCUCCAGCUAA